UUAAUAGCCUACUCAUAUGGCGUUCGUGACAUCAACAAGCGUUAAAACCAUAGACCGUGGGUCAAAACAGACAUAAAUAAAUACAAUAAAAUAGAAAUACACUAAUACUUCCGUUGCAGCCCUUCAAAAUAUAACAUGCCAGAAUAAAUUAGGCUGGACAAAAUAGUUGGGUUUACUGCAGUGCCAUUGGAUUGCAUUUCACAAUGCAGAGGUUCGUGUUGUUUGAUAUCUAAAGUGUCUGUAAAUUUGUAAACACAACAACAAUGAGAAUAAGAGUGAGUAUUCACAUAUGAGUUAUCGAUAUAAACCCAUAUUAAACUGGUGAUUUGUCAUGCUCUGGCCUAAUGCGUGUGUGUUUGCCGGGGAUGCUCAAGUUUUUUGUUGUUUUGCCUGAAUGCACCUUUAUUACGCCCGAUGACGUAACGACGCACAGUGAGUCGACUCGGGGCUGGCUGACAUUUAUUGCACCGGCACAGUAACGUUAUGCAAAGCAGGUGGUCAUGGCUUGGAAAUCAAGGACCCACAAUCUACAGGUCUUUGACACGGAGCUGAGUGCUGACACGGUGGAGUGGUGCCCUCUUUCAUCAAGCCACGACAUCCUGGCCUGCGGGACAUAUCAACUAGAAAAAGGGGCAGGGGAAGAGGAUGCCACACCAACCCGGACUGGUCGUUUGUACCUUUUUGAAUAUCGGCGAGAGGGAUUGAUGAGCCCUCCUCUCACUGAGCUACAGCGCAUGGACACAGCAGCUAUUUUAGAUUUGAAAUGGUGCCAUGUACCGUUGUCAGGGGAGGCAGUGCUGGGAAUGGCAGCUGCCACCGGAGAGCUGCAGCUGUACACACUGUCACACAGUCCGGAAGGCGGCCGUAGUCUGCACACUCUGUGCAGUUUGGAGGUGGGAACAGAGCGGCUGGCUCUAUCAUUAGACUGGUCUACUGGGAGAAUGGACAGCAGCAGUGAUGUGCGGGUGGUGUGCAGUGACUCUGCAGGCUGCGUCAGUGUGCUCUCCCUGGCUGAAGGCGCUCUGGUGGCUCUGUCACAGUGGAAGGCCCAUGACUUUGAGGCCUGGAUCUCAGCCUUCUCCUACUGGGACACACAGCUGGUUUACUCUGGUGGUGAUGACUGCAAACUUAAAGGCUGGGAUCUCCGGGCUGGUCCGUCCUGCCCCACUUUCACCAGUAAAAGGCACUCUAUGGGUGUGUGUAGUAUUCACAGCAACCCACACCGGGAACACAUCCUGGCUACAGCCAGCUAUGAUGAGCAGGUUUUGCUGUGGGAUGGCAGGAACAUGCGACAGCCUCUCAGUGAGAGUCCGGUGGGGGGUGGAGUGUGGAGGCUGAAGUGGCAUCCGACCCACCAGCACCUGCUGCUGGCAGCCUGCAUGCACAACGACUUCCACAUCCUUAACUGCCAGCAGGCCUUCGAGGGCAGUGGAGAAGCAUGUCCUGUCGUAGCCUCUUAUAUACUCCACAACUCCCUGGCGUACGGCGCUGACUGGUCCCGAAUGUCCCCGGAAGAACCGGCUCCCUGCUCCCCUGUUGCUACAGAACCAAAGGAAAGCCUCACAGAGAGCGGAGGACACUUGAGGAUUCAGUACGAAUCUCCCACUGCCAGCUUUGACACUUCCCUGGAGGAUGAUGCAGGAAGAUACAUCCCAGAGGGCAUUGCAGCACCCUCUAUCACCCCUAUUGCAGGCCCUGCCCUCAACUCUAAUGAGGAUUCCCCUUCACUGUCCUGUCUGCUGGCCAGCUGCUCAUUCUAUGACCAUAUGCUCCAUGUGUGGCGCUGGGACUGGACUCCAGAUGAGGCUCAACAGGAAUCAACAGGAAGCAAUGUUGACCCGGCUGGAGCACUGGCUGCAUUGACACUAUAGAAUGUACAGCCCAACUACAACAAAAGCAUGAUAUACUGUCUCUAUGAAGAUAAGACCCCAUACUUUAAUGUUAACCUAUCAAGGAAUAUGCAAUUAGAUAAACCCUGACACUUCAUUUUGAUAAGCUUUUAUUUAAACACAUUGCUUAGAAUCCUUAUACCGUAUGUCCUGCUGUUUUAAGCACUUUGUGAUUGUGUAAAGGAAAAUUGUUCACAAAAACACCUAUUACUAAAACUAGCACCUAUUACUGUAGGUAGCCAUGCAGUGUGUCUGACGUUGGUCUCAAAAGGGAAAUCCUUUACAUUUGCACCCCUCUGCUUUUUAAAGACAUUGUGCUCCUGGAUUCAGUUAAGCAAUAAUGACAUUUGACUUGUAAAAAGUGUAAUGCCAGCAUCUGUGCUGCUCCCCAGGAAUCUGAGGUGGUGAUGUUCACCAUAUGAUUGUACUUUCUGACCAAUAAAGUUACAUAGACAAGU